ACCAAAGAGGUGGGUAGCUCGAAAACAAAUGACAACCUGCAUACGUUCAAAAUAAAGCACGAAAACAAGGUGAAACGGUCUCAUACAUUGUUUUGUUCAUGGUCGAUUAAGAAUUGUUUAAAAGUGUCAUAUGAAUGUCAACGUGAGGUGCCAAGUGUGGUUUUGUGGAUACAGUGUCUGGUGAAACAAAUCGCUAUGCGAGUUGAGUCAUUCUAGCAGACUCGCGAUGUGCGCGGCGAUCGACAUGUUAUCAUCGGAACAGCUGUUUUACGGACAUAGUCCACCGGCGGGCUUCCUCACGGACUAUACAGUACGACGGCCAAACAUAUCCAAGAUCACCACCGUCACCAGAGGAUUCUCGUCACCAUGUUUACCCACUUCCAUGACGCUAAAACCUUUACAACUUACGUUGAAGGCAGCGCCCAGAUCGUGCUUAAAAAUGCCGACUGACAACAAGAAGAAGAGGGUAGUGUUCGCCGAUGAUAGAGGGUACGCUCUGGAACAAGUCAAGUUCAUGACCGAACCUUCUCAUGUACCACCUUACUGGGCCUUGAAGAUCGUAGCCAGUCCAACGCUAGAGAGAAAACCACCGCCCCAACCACCGCAAGACGUGUGGGAGCGUAGAUUCGUCCAGCCAGCGUCAGAUUACGUCGAGUUCAGAAGAAAAAUAAACGAAGACUGUGUCACGCUUGAGAAUGUCAUCCUGAAACAGAACGAAUGUGCAGUUGACGGAACUGUUAAAGUUAAAAACCUGGACUUCACUAAAGAGGUGUUUGUGCGAACGUCAUCAGACGGCUGGACGACAAGCGAGGAUACAUACUGUGCUUUUGUAGAAUCUGGACCUUUGAAUCAGCAGGGAGUCUCAGCUUACGAUACAUUUGGAUUCAGAAUACAACUACCAAUACAUUCAAGACGGCUAGAUUUCUGCGUUGGAUACCGGUGCCAAGGAAACGAGUAUUGGGACAGCAAUAAAGGUCAGAACUACACGAUUGAGAAGUCUUCAGUCCGGAAAACGCCAGCAGUGUCUUGCGCUAGGAUAAAAUAUGGGAACUCCUGGAGUGCACGGGCAGACCUAAACGGAAACACACCUUACUGGUGAAAGACACUAGCCUCGCUUGUGGAUUUAGUUGCCUGUCGGCUUUACUGUGAUCUAAGUGCCAUUGAAGUGCCAAGUCAAGACUGGAUCCGUAGGUAUGUAUGCUUGACAUGAUUCACGAUCGUGACAGGAGGGCAGUGCGCUUUGACACUUGACUGUAGAUAGCACGGAGAUAUGUCCGACUGAUUAAUAUGGGUAUAAUUGGAUUUCCGUGGAAGUUUCCAUUGAUAAGUAGAAAAGAGACUAUUAAAGAAGGUAUUUCAGCUUUUACUUCCGAUGAAGUGAGGAAACUACAUAAGUUUAGUCUUCUUUUUUAUUAGAGGCACAGCUGUGAUAAUAUUCUCCUCAAUGUAUAUUUGGCUAUUGUGAAAAAUAGCCUACAUGUUUUAUACUUAAGUAGUUUCAAUUAAAAAUGCUAAAGAGAUAAAAGAGUACUAAAAAAAACGAAAUCCGACUGAGACUCGUUGCAAUUAAACAAAAUUGCUUUUGCCAGUCUUAAACCGGUCGCUAUAUUUUCAUUUUAAAUUAAAAUUGCCUCAAAAGGACAUCUCGUUCUUGCAAUAACAACAUUAAAUUCAUUAUCGUUUUAAAAGCCUUGAACAGUAAAGUAGUUCCGUUGUCGCUUACUAUAAAUACCUACAUCGUUUCCGAGUUGAGAAAAAAUGUAUUCGUUGACUGAUAAUGUUAACUGAUAAACGACAUUGUUUUGCAUCAAGCGUGAUUCACAGUCACUAAUGUUGUUAUAGUGAUUAUCAAAACAAAUUGCCUCCAUGCUAUCAACAGACAAGAACUAAAAAUAAGCCAAUAAUAAUUAUAAAAGACUUAUUUUUAUAUAAAAAUCUUGAGUCAUAGUCGAGUCGAAAUUGUAUUUCUUUGGACAUCAACGAUUAAAUUAUUAUGUAAAGUGAAGAGUGUCUGACAUUUCAUGAUUUUGCUGUUUUUUUAUUGUUAAGCUUUUUCGUGAAACAUGAACAUUCCUUUAUGUCAGAAAGUAUAUUAGAUAUUGGUUUCCAAAGAUAUACAAUAAAUGAACGCGAAUAAUUAUAAGUAGGUACGAAAUAAUUGAAUUUUUGCAUGUAGUCUCGAAAUAAAAGACUUGUCCGUCGUUUUGUAAAAACUUGGGCACCCUAGAAUUUUGAAUGAAAUUUGAUUUCAAAUCGCCCUUUUUACUAUUAUAAUAAAUAGCAAAUAAGGGUUAGAAUUUAGAAUAAAUAUUACUGUUAAUUUUUAAACAAUUCUACAGUCAGUUAAUGCAUUAAAUGAUUUAAACUCUAAAUAUACUAUAAAAGGGUUUUCCCGUUUUAAUAUUCUUAAAUAUACAAUUAUACAUACUUUAUUUAGCACUGAUGUUCCUCGCAUUACUAGAUGAAGUAAGAGAAGUUAUAUGGAUAGAUUUUUAUUUUUCUGCGGAUUUUUUUUAUCGAUUUUAUUUAUAACGAAAUUUAAAAACAUAAUUUGUAUAUAAUAAUUGGGCUAAUCUCACUUUUUCCCGAGUGACUUGAUUUUUAGGGCCAAAAAUAAGUGAAAAUACGCAAUACAUCGUUGUACAGAAUAAGGAACUUAGUCUAUAAAACAAAAAUAAUGCGAAUACUUAUUAAUUACGAAAAAAUAAAAAUCGAUCCAAAACUUCAAGUGGCAAUAUUCUAGACUAUAAUCGACUUACUAUUUCAUGCUACAUAUUAAUUUAUUUUAUGAAUGAAUUUUAAUCUAUAAGUAACUGAUACAGCUCUGUAUAAAUGAAAUCGUGAAAUGUUACUUUUUAAGGUUUCGAAAAUCUCUGACAAAACUGUUUAUAUUUUUUUAUGUCAGUUAUGUCCUAAUUGUAUAUUUUAUAAACUAUUUGUCAAGUCAAACAGUCAAUAAAAUAGUUAUUUCCCAUUUAAAAAGAGUUAUAAUAAGUAGGUAGACUUUCAAUUUUUUUUAAUGAAAAAUAAAUAUUAUAAACGACAGCAUACGUCACUUUUGUCAAUGCAAAAAUGUAAUUGUAUGUUUUGUUUAUUAUAUUGAAAUAUUUACCGAAUAAUUUUUAAAUAUUUCAUUUUAUAUUAUUUAUUUUGAUAGCAUCUAUUUCGUUAAACAUUGUGACAUUUAUAGAGGUCAGAAUAAAUUAAAAUCUAGGCAAAAAAUAAAUUGAAAUUGAAUGAUGAUAAUUUAUUGAAAUCAAUGAUUUUAUUAGAAUAUUUGAUUAUAUUUAUAAAUGGCCGGCAACGCACCUCCAACACCUCUGGUGUUUCGGGUGUCCAUGGGCGGCGGUGAUCGCUUACCAUCAGGCGACCUGUCUGCUCGUUUGCCUCCUAUCCCAUAAAAAAAAUGGGUUGUUAUUUAUGAAGCGAUGUAUGUUUUUAAUGAAAGAACUGAUUAAUUUAGUUUUUAAUUUAUAUUUUUGUACAGAUAAUUAUAGAAAAAUGUUAAUUUUUUAGUUAAUUUUUACGUGAAUCGGUAUGUAAAUAUUGACCACACUUUUUCUAUAAAAUAAAAUGAAUCGAAUUAAA